AUGUCUCAAGAAGCUUUUGGCAAUGUUGAAGAUUACCAGUCAUCCAGUAGUGUUGUUGUUAUUUCCCCUGAACCGGGGCCGUCUGGGGAAGCCUCCCCAAACUUGGAAUUGGAUACAUCCUUAGCUGACACACAAUUUAUUGCUGCAACUCCCCCUACCCGUUUAUCUUUUGGUUUUGGAACAGAACAAUUAGCAAUACAGAGGAUAUUUGCUUGUUGUGGAAUUUUAUUUAUUAUGUGCGUUUAUUUGUUGCAUAUUGUCUCUAUUGUUUAUGGAAGACGUCGUUUACACAAAACUGGCUUAUCUAUCAAUAAAGAGGAGGAAGAACAAGAAGAUACCAAUCAUGAAACAAAACAAAAACAACAACAAAACAAACUUAAUAAAAUAAAUUUGUCUUCCCAACUUCCCGGUGUUUCAAUAUUAAAACCUUUGUUUGAAUUGCUCUUUUGUUUGUAUUCCCGUCAAGAUCCAGCUUAUGAUUUAGCCCAGCGUCUCUGUGCAAAAUACCCCAAAGUGGAUACACGCAUAUUUAUUGGAGGCCAACGAGUAGGAUUAAAUCCAAAAAUAAAUAAUAUGUUCCCUGGAUAUGUGGCUAGCAAAUACUCCCAUUUAUUGAUAAGCGAUCAAGGAAUUUAUAUGCGUCAAAAUGCUUUAACUGAUAUGGUUUUGUGUAUGUUGGAAAGGACAGAUAUUGCAUUAGUUACUCAAACACCUUUUUGUAAAGAUAGAAAUGGAAUUUGGGCAGCACUCGAACAAGUAGAUUUUACAAAAACAUGUUUUUAA